ACAACAACAACAACAACAACAACAAAAAUCUUAUUUCUAUGAGAGAAAACAAGAUGUCAUCAUCACAUUUAGCUAUCUUUUGCAUCAUCCUCAUUUCAUUUUUUGCUCUUCAUGAAUGUGGAAACGUGAAGGAGAGAAAUCUUGAUGCAAGAAGCAUGGAUGAUUUCUCACCGUGCUUUCGGAGACGUUGCUACUCUAGCUUGUUGUUGGUUUGUCAUUGCUGCAGAGGUGCCCAUCAUUAUUGUUCCCAUAGCCUUAAACGUUGCGAGGCUGCGUGUCUCAAACUUAACCCGCCACCUUCCUCUUUCUCAUUAAAAACAUGAAUCGUCUUACCAUUCUACUAAUUCGCUUUCCUUUUUUUUAUCAUAAUAAAAGUUAAUAACAAUAUGUGAUUCUAGCAA